AUGUCAAUUUCUGCUUUGAAUACAGAGUUAAUAUUGCGAGGUCUCAAUGAGAACCAAUGCAAAGCAGUCACAUUUCCUGGUAAUGGCCGAUUGCAAAUUAUUGCAGGUCCAGGUACUGGCAAAACAAAAGUACUUGUAUCGCGAGUAGCUUACUUGCUAGUACACGAAAAGAUAAAGCCAGAGAAUAUCAUAGUCACCACGUUCACUAAAAAGGCGGCUCAGGAGAUGUAUAAAAGGUUGGAACAAUUACUAGGUACUUCUGAGAUCGCGGUAAAUCGAUUAUUAAUUGGAACAUUUCAUAGCAUAUGUUAUAGAAUUAUAAAAAAAUACGGCAGUAAAGUUGGACUAGAAGGAUACACCAUUGCAGAUGAAAGGUAUAAGGAUCAAUUGAUAAAAGAGAUGGUUGAUAAGGAUUUAUCUAAAGAAGUUAUCGACAAGCUUUGGAAAUCAUCAUCUAAAGAACAAGACACGUCCCUUUUCAAAGAGAAUAGCCCUGGUUGUGACAAAAACCACGGAAUCAACGUUAAGAACUUUAAACGGCAAAUAGGCAAACUUAAGGCACAGGGCAUACUUCCCGAGGAUUAUUUGCGACAACCUAAUCAUAAUGCGUGUUUGGGCUAUUUGUACCGUGCAUAUCAGAAAAAGCUUGCAGAUGAACAGAAACUCGAUUUUGAUGAUUGCUUGUUGUUGUGCUACGAUUUAAUCACAAAAGUACCCAUUCUACACCACAUGAGACACGUCCUAGUGGAUGAGUUUCAAGAUACCAAUGAGAUUCAAUUGCAAUUGAUGUACAUGUUUGCAAAGGGCCACAUCUCCUAUCCUGAGUACCAACAUAAUGUCACUAUUGUUGGAGAUCCCGACCAAAGCAUAUACGCCUUUAGAGAAGCACAAUCCAAAAACUUUCAGAAAAUGCAUGAUUACUAUACAAAGAUUGGGGUUGGGUGUACAAUAGUUCCUCUCACAGAGAACUACCGGUCAACAACGGACAUUUUGGAAUUUUCAGAGAGGCUCAUGAAGCAACAGAGUGACCGGCUUGCAAAAAACUUAACGUCUCAAUACAAGGAAUCUUUUGCACCAAUUUAUAAGAAUUUAGAAUCAGCGGGACAGGAGGCCAAAUGGAUUGCUUAUCAAAUUGAGUUUCUAUUAAAUUUGCCUAAUUCGCCGGUAGAGCUUGAGGAUAUAGCUAUCCUAGUAAGAGCCGGCUUUCAGACCAGAGUAAUUGAAACGGAAUUGGUUAGGAGGAAAAUUGCAUACCAUAUGGUUCGCGGUAGAGCGUUUUGGGAACGUAAAGAAGUCGUGGCCAUAAUGGAUUACUUGAAAGUUUGUGGUGAUAAAAAUGAUAGGAUUUCAAUACUUCGAACCUUGAAUUAUCCUAAACGUGGAUUGGGACCAAAAACGGUGCAAGCAAUUGAAGAGCAGAUUCUUCGAGGGAAAAGUGAUGGCCUUAGCGCGCAUGGCGUUCUUCGGUCGUUGGCAACGGGUUCGUGUAACCACCUAAAAUUGGCCUCCAAAGCGCAAGCAAGUGUUUCUGCGUAUGUAAGUAUUAUCGAUAAUGCCGAAAAGUUUUUAUCACAGAUAGCAGAUAGCGAUACCAAUACAAAGAAUAGUCCUAUCGUGCGAACCUUGUUUGACCAAGUAUAUUCUGACUCUGGCCUCAAGAAAGAGUUUGAAAAUGAGGAGGAGAUGAGGCUCAACGUUGAAGAAGUUGGAGGUCAAUUUUGCCAAUUCCAACCACUGGAAGAUUUGUUUAUGGCGGAUGAGGAAGCAAAUGAAGAAGAAAAAGAAGAAGAAGAAAAAGAAGAAGAAGAAGAAAAAGAAGAAGAAGAAGAUAAAGUAGCAGAGGAAGGAGAAGAAGAAGAAGUGGCAGAAAGAGACAACUUUAUAAUCAAAUUUGUUGAGUCGGUUGGUUUAUACGACGCAGAUGAUAAAAGCGAAGACGAUAACGAGAAAAAAAAACUGGCAGUAGCUAUAAGUACCAUUCAUGGCUCUAAGGGAUUGGAAUGGCCCGUUGUUUUCAUUCCAGGGUUGUCAGAAGGCUUGCUUCCUGCUGGGUUUGCAUUAGGCAAUAAGGAGGAUACCAAUGCAAUAGAUGAAGAGCGAAGGUGUUUUUAUGUUGCUAGUACUCGGGCAAAGACAUUGUUACUUAUAUCAUCCUUUGUGGAGCUGAAAUCCACCGAUUUUUGGAAGAGAGAUAUAGAUAGCGUUUCCAGAUUCUUGCAAGUUUUCAAUGACAAUGAGGGGUCAUUAUCAAGCUGUUCCAAAUUUGAUUUCAGACAGGUUGAGAAAUUGGAAAGUUUGUACAAACAAUUAGACAAGAACCCUGGUGAUUUGAGUACUUUUAAUAUAGAUGAGUACUUUGAUGCCUAUGAGAAAAACUGGCCAUCCUAUGAACGCGGCGGACCAUAUACAACAACUACAACAUCAAAGAGCCAAAGCGGGACAUUUUCACGGGCUCUGGAUAUCAACAAUACUUUAAGUGUUCAAAAUAACAAACUAAAUAGAAUACAUUUCCGUGCACCACUAGGGGAUUCGCCAAAGGCGAAUAUUGGGAAAUUUCACAAGGUGGGAAAAGAAGAAGUUAAAAAGUUUGCUGCAGUACCAAAUCUCAACCACCGAAACUCUAAUAAAGCACCAGCAUAUUUUCCAGAAAGGAAGCACGCUCUGAAAAGGUUUAAGCCUCUACACAAGAGUCUACAUAAGCAUCCAUACAAUAAAAACCUACAAGAGCCAUAA